AUGCCUCUGGAACGUGUGGACUCGGCGAAGAACGAUCAAGUCUACGACUACAUCAUUUGCGGCGGCGGUACGUCUGGUUGCGUAAUCGCUGGCCGUCUUGCCGAAGACCUCGACGCCCGCAUCCUCAUUCUUGAAGCCGGACCCGACAAUGCAGAUCUUGAAAACGUGCACAUGGCCGGUGGUUGGAGCCAGAAUUUUGACUCGGAGACUGACUGGAACAUUGUCACGGAGCCCAUGGCCACAGUCGACAAUCGGCAAGUCAAGGUGUCGAGGGGUAGAUUUCUGGGAGGAAGCAGUGGAGUCAAUGGAACACUGUGUAUACGGGGCACCAAGCAAGACUAUGACGAUUGGGGCAUGGAGGAGUGGACUGGAGAGAAGAUGUGGGGAUAUAUGAAGAAGUCGGAGACAUUUCAUGGAAAAGACUGGCAUGAGGCUGAUAUGUCGGUGCAUGGUACUGAUGGACCUUUGCACAUCGCGCCGCAUGAUCUGGCACCCAUCUCCGAGCGUGUAAAGCAGAGUAUGAUUGAUUCGGGAUUGCCAUAUCACCCGGAUAUGUUCUCAACGGGGGAGUCACCACAUGGUUGCGGCGAUGUGCCGAGGACAGUGCAUCAGGGUAUCCGAACGACGGCUGCGGAUUUCGUGACCAAGAACUACAAGAGGGAUAACAUCACUAUCAAAACAGAGGUCACGGUUGACAAACUGCUCUUGUCUGAAGAUUCUGGCAAGUUGACUGCGACGGGUGUUGCAGCCUUCUCGAAGACGGGGCAGAAGAUCGAGUAUAAAGCGCGCAAGGAAGUCUUGGUCACGGCAGGUGCAUACUGUAGUCCAGCGAUUCUGAUGCGUUCUGGUAUCGGACCAAAAGAGCAGUUGGAAAAGCACGGAAUCGAGUGCCAUGUUGAUCUCCCCGGUGUAGGGAAGAACCUAAUGGACCAUGUCCUCUGCUUCAUCUUCUACGAAGUCUCGGAACCAAACCUCACAAACGACUACCUCGCCUACCACGGUGAUGCAAUGGCCAGCACCUACAAACUCUACCAAGAGAAGAAAUCCGGCAUCCUCUCCACCUUCCCCUUUGGCGUAUUCGGCUACGCUCGCCUCGAAGACCGCCUCAAAGACUCUGCGCUCUGGAACGAGGCAGCCAGAAAGCCCGGUCGCGACCCAAUGGGUCUCGCGCCCAACCAACCCAACAUCGAAUUUUGGAACACAGAACUGUACGGGGGCCCGAAACAGUACACGGAUUUCCCCGUGGAUGAGAAACACGCGUUUGCGCUGUGCACCUUGCUGUUUAAUCAGCACUCGCGCGGCACGGUGGUGCUGAAGAGUGCGGAUCCCAUGGACAAUCCGGUGGUGGACCACAACUACCUCGCUGAUCCGCUGGAUAUGCUCGUCAUGAGCGAAGCCUGCAGAUUCGCCAACGAGAUUGUCAUGAAUGGAGCCGGCACAAAGGAUUGUAUCAAGGGGAGUUGGCCCGCUAAUCUAUCACAUCACACGUACACCAAACGCGAGGACUGGGAACCCCAUGUUCGUCAACAUGCUACAACUUGCUACCACGCAUCAGGCACCUGUAAAAUGGGCCCCGAAGACGACAUCGACGCCGUGCUCGACAGCCGUCUCCGCGUCCGCGGUGUGCAAAAGCUCAGGGUUGCGGACAUGUCGAGUAUACCGCAGGUCAAUAAUGGACAUACGCAAAUGGUGGCGUAUGGAAUUGGCGAGGGGGCUGCGGAAAUGAUUCAGCAGGAUGCAAAGGAUGGGCGGCUUUCGAAACUUGUGAGUGAGGUGGAGAGAUUGGCCGUUUAG